GAACAGAUAAAGCGACGUACAUGACACAUUGGUCAUGUGACCUACUAACGCUCAAACGCUUACAUCAAGCGCUUAUAGUAAGGUCAAAAACAAUCACUGAGGUGAUAACCAUACAUACACGUCAUGGAGACCGCUGUCUAAUCGAUUAUAAUUUCUACACACGUCCACCAGCAGCAUUAUUUAACAAACCCACGUACAUAAAUCUGAUCUCAUCGGGGUGUGAUGAAUGCUGAGAUUUGUAGUGCAGUGAUUCAGUCACGUGACACAGAAACGCCUUACUGGAGGACUUGACUGUCGAGUAGCCAAACUAGGGAUAUCACCUGUGACUAGUCCCUCCAACUCAUUUGACUAAUUCUCCCAGUCAGAAUGACCAACAGCGACUUGUAUUUGUUUUAUCACGGACUUCUUCUCCCAAAGAUUGUACACACCGACGACAGUCUGAAAUAUUUUGAGUCGUUUCAAGCGCAGGAUGAUGACGUGGUUGUAGUUACAUAUCCCAAAUCUGGUACAACAUGGAUGCAAGAAAUUCUUCCCCUGCUCCUGAAUGGAGGGGAUUUUACUCCAGUACUGACCAUCCCAAACUGGGACAGAGUGCCAUGGCUUGAGGAGUCACGUAUCGCUCAAGUCAUAGACAAGCUGAGUGCUCCACGAGCCUUCGUUACCCAUAUGCAUUAUCGCCUAAUGCCUUCCUCCUUCUUCUCUUCUAAGGCCAAGGUCAUUUAUGUUUCCAGAAACCCAAAAGAUGUCCUGGUUUCCUCCUUUCAUUUUCACCAGAUGGCCAGUUUUCUGCAUGACCCAGGAACCUUUGAAGAAUUUACAGACAAAUUCCUAUCUGGGAACGUGCUUUUCGGAAAGUGGACAGAUCAUGUGAAGAGCUGGAGAAACACAGAUUUAGGAGACAGAAUUCUUUACAUCACGUAUGAGGAGAUGAUUCAGGAUCUGCAUGGAGUUCUUGAACGGAUUUCAUUCUUUCUUGGUAAGCACCUGAGCAAAGACACUCUGAAACGUGUGACUGAACACUGCGAGUUCAAAACCAUGACGCAAAACAAAAUGUCCAACUAUACACUGGUGCCACAGACAGUAAUGGAUGCCCAGAAGUCUCCUUUUCUCAGAAAAGGAAUUGUUGGAGAUUGGAAGAAUCAUUUCCGCUCAGAAUUGGAGUCGAAAUUCAAUGCGGCCAUUUUUGAAGAACUAAAGGGAACUGACAUCACAUUCCCCUGGGAUGAGGAACACAAAUGAAAUCCCACUUCGUAAAAUGAUCAAUUAAAAAAAUGUAAUUCUUCUUUUUAAUUGUAUUAUACCAUAGUGUAUGUAAUAUACUAUUCCCCUUUAAAAGGUUGCUCAUUUUUUAUCAUAAAUGUUAUAAAAAUUCUCAUUUUAAAUUGUUUAAAAUACGCAAAAAGUAGCUGAACAUCAGUAGUACCAGUUUAUUUCUAAAUUACAAUGUGCAGAAACUCACCUACUUUUGCAAGUCAAAAUUCUUACCUACUUUGCAAGUCAGAACUUGCGAAAGAAGCAGCAACUGUUUUCAAACAGUUAUAAAACAACCUGCAGUUGGACAUAAGUCAAUAAGAGAAACAUUCAUUUGCACUUAUCAUUGUGCUUUGCAGGGGGCAUGGUGGAUUAUCCCCCCCCCCCGCCCUUUUUUUUAAAUAGCUUUUAUUAUUUGCCUUAUGUUUACUACAACUUUUACAUGCCUACUAAUUAGUUACUAAUAACUGUACUUGCAAUGUAAUACUGUACUAUUAUAUUGUUACAAACUGUUUCAUACUGUAUUUUUUAUAUUUUACACUGUUGAUUUCAUAUUGUUGAUUUUCUUCUUUGACACUAUUAUUUUAUUAUUAUUAUUUACCUAUUUUGAUAUUUUAUUUUUGCUUUUUGAUUCAUUUCUGUUUUUACUUCAUACUAUCAUUUUAACUAUGAAAUUUGCUAUAUAAAUAAUCUUUAUUAUUGUUAUUAUUAUUCAAACAAAUACCCUAGCUUUCUUUAGCUGUUCAGAUAUGAUAUUCCCGACAUCUCCUCUUCUUGUUCUCCCAAUAAACUCUCCAGUCAUACACUA